AUGAUUGUCAGACCCGCUUCAUCACAUUGGUACAAGGAAACUUCUCAAUUCGUUAUCAGAUUUGGAGCGCAAUGCAGCUUCCGAGAUGUAUCGUUGUCUGCUCUUCCUAACGCAACCCAACCAAAGCGCCUAGCUGUCAUGCCGCCCAAAGGGAGCACGAGAGCUGGGAUACUACCAAGUUGCCCAAGCCCAGACAGGGGAAGUCGGGAGGCAGAGAUCGGGCUUGAAAAAUGGGCUUUCCUGAGUGUAAACUCACGCUCUCGCCCCGAGACUUCAGUAAAGAGAGUGCAUUACACAGAUGCUUUUAAUUAUUUCACACGCACCAUUCGGAAGAAUUACAAAAAAACUGCCCAGCAAAAUUACAAUGGACUGCACAUUUUGUCAACCGAUGCACACUCUAUGUUAUCCGUGAAGGUCGAGCCAUUGUCCAUUAACUUAACACUCACUGAGAUCACUGACUAUGACUGUGACUUGACCGAGUGCAACGGCAAAGAUAUGAGCAUUCCUGUCUUGGACCUGAAGGAACUACUGCUUAUCUGUGCCCAGAAUGUUCAGUUUACUUUUAACUAA